AUAUGGCCGACAGUUGGUUGGGUCCCACAUGGUGGAAGACCUUCCCCUUCCCGUACCCCAGACUACCUUCCCCGUCUUCUCCCACUUCAACCUUUUCCUCCGCUAUGGCUUCAUUUCCUUCUCAGCAUCGCCAAUGUCGUUGUUCCUCGGAUGCUAACCCUACUCACCCGCAACCCGCAUUGCUCGUAUUUUCGGGUGGGACGGCGUUCAAUGGCGUGGCGGAAGAGCUUCAGAACUUCACCACUCGUGUGGCUCAUGUUCUCCCCGUUUCUGAUGAUGGUGGAAGUACGGCUGAAAUUGUCCGUGUCCUUGGUGGUCCUGCUGUUGGGGACAUACGAUCCAGGUGUCUGAGAUUGUCUAAUCGAAGUACGGCGGAGGCUCUUGCAAUUCGCAGAUUGCUUGGUCAUCGUCUAUCACUUGAUCCACAUCACGCUAAAUCAGAAUGGUACUCUAUUGUGGAGGGUGAUCACUCUCUAUGGAAAGGUGUGUCAAAACCCUACAGGGAGACUAUUCGUGCCUUUCUGGCCUAUUUCCAGAAUCAGAUUAUUCGCCGAUCCGAUGAAUCAUUUUGUUUCAGCAAUGGCAGCAUUGGGAAUUUCUUUUUUGCAGGAGCACGCAUAUUUUUUCAGUCCUUGGAUGCUGCAAUAUUUCUGUCACGUGUAUCAGAGAUUCCUUCUGAUAGCCUGGUCUUACCGGUGAUUUCAACCAAUGAUAGGCUUACAUUAGGAUGUGAAUUAUGGGACGGUACCAUUAUACGGGGACAAAAUGAAAUUUCUCAUCCGACCAGUGGAUCCAUGGAGCCUGUUAAAAAGGAAAACUCUUCAACUCCAGGACUUCCUUCAAGAAUAAAGCGGGUGUUCUACAUGUCAAGUGAAGGGAAAAAUUUGCUUCAUGAGGUCUUUCCUGCUGCUAAUCCUGCUGUGCUAGAGCAGUUGAAUAAUGUGGAUUGCAUUGUCUAUGCUAUGGGUUCCCUUUUUACUUCGAUCUGCCCUUCAUUGGUAUUGCUGGGAAUUGGAGAGAUCAUAUCUUCAAGAUCCUGUCUAAAGGUGCUUAUGUUGAAUGGCUCACGUGACCGGGAGACAAGUGAUUUUUCAGCUUCAUGCUUUGUAACUGCCAUUACGGAUGCUCUCAAUCGAACAUAUGGAGAUCCCUGUAAUCGCUUACAGAACCUGCCUGGACAGUAUAUCAAUACCCUCUUGGUUCCAAGAGACGGUGAAAUUCCAGUUGAUAAAAAUGUCUGGCUUCCCAAGGAAUACGUGAGGUG